GCCGACGAGUUCUGACGGAAGAUAAUUCUACAUAACAGAACAGCGGCACUCUCGUGGUAUUAAGGGAGUUUUCAUCCAGGUGGAGUUCAUCCCACGCGAUUGAUUAUAUACCUACCCGGGAUUUUCAACUAAAGCAACCAUGGCGCUGCUCACCGUUGCUUCUAAGGCAAAUGCGGCAUAUAUCCUACCCGUCGUCACCGCCGCAACCUAUGUCCAGGUGUCCUCGCCCGAUGCCGGAAUUAAGAUUUCCUUUGAAGAUGAGGAUUCCGUCGGGGUGCAAAAGGGCAAAAUGGAGCUCAAGCUUACCGACGGAAAAUUGAUUUACGACGAUGAUGUCUUGCCUUACCUUCGAGCCAAUUAUCAGGUUUUGCAAAUGGGCAACAAGGAGCAGAUCGAUGAGUGGGUUAACCGAUCCACUGAACUGAGAAAUCCCGAUUUCAAGUCUUUGGACAAACCAAUGAAAGAGCUCGACUCGCAUCUGACGCUGCGUUCCUAUAUUGUCGGAUACUCCCUCACUCUGGCGGACAUUGUGGUUUGGGCAGCCCUUCGUGGCAACAAGGUCGCCGUCGCUAACAUCAGGAAAGCUGCAAACAACACAUCCAGGUGGUUCAAUUUCAUCGAAGGGUCUUAUCCCUGGGUGAACAAUGGGCCGUCAGAACUGCAAGCCAGUGCGCAGAAGAAGAAGGCCGCUGCUAGUGCUGCAGGAGCCAGUUAUAACAUCGGUCUCAAGGACACAGAGCAUGGAGUUGUCACUCGCUUCCCGCCCGAGCCAUCUGGGUAUCUCCAUAUUGGCCACGCAAAAGCCGCAUUGCUCAACGACUAUUUUGCUCACGAGCAGUAUAAGGGCACCAUGAUCUGCCGAUUUGACGAUACGAACCCAACCAAAGAAAACCAGGAAUUCGAGGAUGCUAUCAAGCACGACCUGAGCUUGCUCGGAAUUACGCCUGAUAAAACUUCGUUCUCUAGUGAUUAUUUCCAGGAAAUGUACGAGUAUUGCGUGCAGAUCAUCAAAGAUGGAAAAGCCUAUGCCGACGAUACAGAGAAGGACCAGAUGCAAUAUGAAAGACGUGAGGGGAUUGCGAGCAAGAACCGUGAUGCAACCGUAGAGCAGAAUCUGGCCCGAUUCGCUGAGAUGAAGACCGGCUCUCCAGAGGGGCAGAGAUGGUGUAUCCGUGCCAAAAUCUCCGUUGAUGAUGUGAACAAGGCAUUGAGAGAUCCGGUCAUCUACCGCUGCAACCUUCAGCCGCACCACCGAACCGGUAGCACAUGGAAGAUAUACCCAACAUACGAUUUCUGUGUGCCCAUAUUGGAUUCCUUGGAGGGUGUGACCCAUGCGCUGCGAACCACUGAGUAUGGUGACCGAAAUGCGCAGUAUGCCUGGAUGCAAGAAGCGCUAGGUUUGCGCAAGGUGCAUAUCUGGGAUUUCUCACGUCUCAACUUUGUUCGCUCAGUUCUGUCAAAGCGAAAGCUCACCCAGAUUGUCGAUCAGGGAACGGUCUGGGGAUGGGAUGAUCCUCGCAUGCCUACCAUCAGGGGCAUUCGCCGACGGGGAAUGACAGUCCCGGCAUUGCGCGAGUUUAUCCUGAAGCAAGGCCCCAGCAAGAAUAUUGUGAACCAGGAUUGGAGCAAGUUCUGGGCCACCAACAAGAAAUAUAUUGACCCUGUGGCCCCUCGACACACCGCGAUUGACAAGGAAUGCAUGGUUGAAGCCAAAGUUCAGGGCGCCGAAGGGGUUACAUCUGCUGAGAAGCCCAGACAUGCAAAGAACCCUGAUGUUGGCAUGAAGAAGGUAGUCUACAGCAACACCAUCCUUCUCGAUCAGGUUGAUGCCAAGAGCUUCAAGGAAGGGGAAGAGAUCACUCUGAUGAACUGGGGCAAUGCGUUUGUUCGCAAGAUCCAUGUAGAUUCGUCCAGCGGAAAGGUCACCGGCCUAGAUCUCGAGCUUCAUCUUGCCGGAGAUGUCAAGAAGACAGAGAAGAAGGUCACAUGGCUGUCUAAAGAUCAAGAGCUUGUGCCAGUCACCACUUACGAUUUCGACUACCUUAUCACAAAGGAUAAGAUGGAAAAGGAUGAUGAGAUCAAUGCUAUCCUGAACCCGAAGACUGAGACCCGGACCGAGGUUCUGGCCGACUGCAAUGUUGCCAGCCUUGUGGAGGGGGAUAUCAUUCAGUUUGAAAGGAAAGGAUAUUUCAGGGUAGACCGUCCAUACAAGGAUGGUCAGCCGGCUGUUCUAUUCAAUAUCCCAACUGGUAAGACUGGCUGAGUGCCUCUCACUAUGUGUAGCUUUUUCAGAGAGCUCUGUCAGAUAUAUUUGUGCUCCACUUGUUCUGGGUGGAACCUCUUACAGUUCCAAUGAACACUCCGAACCUACAUAGUAUGCUCCUUA